CAGUUAUUUAUCAAGGAAAAUUCUAAACAUUCAGUUACCAGCUUUUUUCGGUUUUAAAUCAAAAUGUUAGGUUGUUGUUGUUUUGCCAUUUCCUUAUCUUCUAACCAAACAAUCCGACUUCACAGUUAAUUGAUUAAUUCUAACAAUAAUUUACUCAGUGGUUAAAGAAAAGACUGGGUAGAUGCAGCCCACCACUUUGGUGAGGUUCAUUAUUAUCUCCUCCCAGUCGGCGAUCUCGAACCCAGUCAUCUUGGGCUGCAGCUCGGAGCCCGGAUGCGCCGCCAUGCCGACUCUCUCAGCGAAUGGAAUAAUUUAUUCACCAACCUGUCUCACACUGGGCGACUAGGAGUUGACUGAAGAAGUCGACAAGACAGUUUGGUGGACAGAGGAGCGUUUUAUCGCGGACAGACGAGGACGCAACACCCGCGCUGUGUUCACUUGUGUGUGCUUGUGUUGUGUUGUUGCGGGGACACUUGUGUGCUAGCUACGCUAACGUUAGCUCGAGUCGAGAGAGUGCGCGGUAGUGACAGUCCGGCCGGAGGCGGGGAGAACUGUGAGAUCCAGAAAAAAAUUCCAUGUCUGCAUCAGCUCCGGAAACCAAAAGAGAUGUCUGUUGAUGAAGAUACUGUAAAAACUGGCAGUCCACAGGCCAGCUCGGCGCCGUCUCUGCAGCUCUCAGAAUGCACCGGAGGUUACAGCAAGACAUCUGUGAUGGCGGAGGGUACCGCAGCCACCCCUGAUUUUGCAGCUGCUUGUCCUGUCCUGGGAACUGCAGCCGCGCCAAAACACAAUUGCACGACUGACACGCAUACCCACUCAGACGAUGCUGAACAAAGAGCCAGAGGGAACGAGAAUAACAUCAAUCGCAGGAGCACCUUACAUCAUUCCAAACAACAGCAGCAAACGAAACUAACAAAGCGCCGCAACACAGCAAACGCUAGUUUCAAGCAUCCAACAUCUGGCAAGAGGAGACGAAGGGCCAACUCUGAGAGUGACUCUGUCCUGCCUACUAACUUCCUUCUGGGUGGGAACAUUUUUGACCCACUGAAUCUCAACAGCCUGCUGGAUGAGGAGGUCAACAAGGCACUGAAUGCAGAGACCCCCAAAUCCUCUCCGCUGCCAGCGAAGAGUCGAGACCCCGUGGAGAUCCUCAUCCCCAGAGACAUCACAGAUCCGCUGAACCUGAACAGCGGGAUAGCAGGCGGCAGCUUUUUAAUGUCCCCCUACAAGAGUGGUGGCAGGAAGAGACACCGCAACAGACACCAUGGAGGAGGUGGUGGUAGUGGGGUUUCAACCACACAGAUCAGCCUCUCAGAAUCAGCAAAAAGUGAGGUUAAAACUGGCACCUCUACACCACUUCCAGGUAUGUUAGCCUCAUGCUCUGCACUAGAUGUCUCCAAAGAGUCAAACAGUUUUUCCAGUGUCACAGGGGAUUCCCAUGAGCACUCAGCUGACAGCUCAGCCAGCUGCAAGGAGCAGAUGACAUCUGUAUCUAUGGAGGACUCCACUUCUUCCAUGUUGGGGGGGCCGAACCAUCACACAAGCAGACGCAAGCGUAGGCGCAACUCUGGCAAAAUGGAGCCCCCAGUGACCCAUUCCACACCGAUUGGAAAGUCAGGAUCUGGAGACAGGAGUUGUGGCACAGGGGGGCUGAGAAAUUCUCAGUCCUUUCACACACCAAAGUGUGGUCCCAAGACGGGGCCAGGAGGUCGCCAGCACCAGCAGCCCCACAAUCAGGCGAAGGAGCAACAGAAGAAGUUCCAGUAUGGGAACUACAAUAAGUAUUAUGGCUACCGCAACCCAGGAGCUAGCGAAGACCCACGGGUACGUGUGCUUCGUCCAGAAUGGUUUGAAGGUAAAGACGUUCUGGAUUUGGGGUGCAACUCAGGCCACCUAACACUCUAUAUUGCCAAAAUGCUAAGACCUGCCCGCAUACUGGGCCUGGAUAUUGACAGUGGUCUUGUACAUGCGGCGCGUAAAAACAUCAGACAUUAUCUGUCUGAACUGCAGACCCAAGAGGCCAGGCGUGCAAUGCAGAGCACUAAACUGGAGGAGAGGAAUGGAAAUGGCACAGACAAGAAGCACAGUGAAGCCGAGAGCAGGGUUGAAAAUGGGAAACCAGUGAAAGGAGAAAGUGGCCCUGCAGAGGCUGUAAAUGACAAUGACUCCUGUCACGCAGAUGAGGCAGGGGCCCAGAGGCAGGACAGCAAAACAGAAGAAAUGGAGCAGGGAGAUUGUGAUUCACCCCCUGCUGAUAACUCUGUGAGCUGCUCUUUUCCUGUGUCCCUGCGGAUCUCCAGGGGGCCGAUUGCUGCACCUCCACUGACAGAAACAUCCACCACACGGCCGGGGGAGUUCCCCUCAAAUGUGUCCUUCAUCAAGGCUAAUUAUGUACUGGAAAACGAUAAUCUUCUUUUGACUCAGCGGCCAGAGUACGAUGUGAUCAUGUGCCUGAGUGUUACCAAAUGGGUUCAUCUAAACUGGGGAGACAGUGGCCUCAAACGGCUCUUCAAGAGAGUCUACAGACAUCUUCGUCCAGGAGGCAUGUUCAUCCUGGAGCCACAGCCCUGGGAGUCGUAUGUGAGGAGGAAGAAGCUGACGGAUAAUAUUAGCAGGAAUUAUCACAGCAUCCAACUCAAACCUGACCAGUUUUCAUCGUAUCUUACAACUGAGGUGGGCUUCACCAGUUUUGAGCACCUUGGGGCCCCCAAGUGUUCUAUAAGAGGUUUUCAGAGGCCAAUCUACCUAUUUCACAAAUGACCGCUCCUGCCUUGAAAAUCAUUGAAUGUGAGUAGCCUAAACUACCACCAGCCAGCCACCCUGGACUGCAAGGAAUCAUCUGAAACCUUAACAGAUACUCCAGCUACUCAGAUGCUGAAGAUAAAAUUCAGAAAGGGGGAAUGGGACCAAAAGUAGAAUUCAUUUCGUAAAGAUGAGAUCUGUGGAGAAGAGACACCUAUCAGAAUCCUCUAUGACUUCAAAUCCUUAAAAACGUAUUGGACAAACUCAGAUAGGACUCCACAAUGCAUAUCCUGGAGCCAAACGUCACAGUUUGGCAGACUGUGGAAGAGGUGCUCAUCUGAUCGUUUCUUUGGACUAUCCUAGUGCUAAUGAUGCCUCACUUUGAUGCAUGGCCAUAACAUGUGUUUGAAUAUCUGGCCAUAUAUCUUUACAUUCAUAACUUUGUUCUGGGCCACCACACCACAAUACAUUAUACAUAUUAGGGUUGGACAAUAGGGCAGACUUUUCCAAUUGGCCACUUGAACUCUCGUUUGAUGGUGUAUUCACCUCAUUAGCUAAGUGACCAACUGUGUGUUGUAUCUUCAAAGCUGCAGUAAACCACUGGUUUACAAAGCCACUAAACAGAUCACACUGGAGUGCAGGUAAUGUGUUUUAUGCUUUUAGGAUACUGUGCAGGCUAUUAUUGGAUGAAGCAUCAUAUUGCCGGCUCCAUUCCAACUACUAGUGGCAUAGAAUCUGUGUUCUUAGUAGUUAAACAUUUGCAUCACUUUUUAAAGCCCUCAAUCCUGGUGCUCCAUAUAUACGAAUGAACACAUUUUGGUGAAUUGAAACCAGCCAAACAAAUUCCAUCAGCCAUAGAUUCAGUCCAUAGCUAAUAGCUGAUGUAUCUGUCCCAUCGCCCAACCAUAAUAUAUAUUUGUUUUGUCGUUACGUCGCAAAGUAGACUCAGAGCUGAAUGAACUUUAACCUGUUAGAGCUGUGAAAAUGGACAACGUGGAAAUCUCCUAAAUUGCACAAACCUAAGAUCCUAUGAAGUGAAAAGUGGUGCACGAUGAGAGAAGUGCACCCAAAACAGCCAAAAUUACAAACAUCGAAUGAAAGUGAAUGCUUACCCAGUGCACAGCCAAGAUGUUUUCAUGUUAUUGUCUCCUUUUUCUUUAUAUUUCUAUUUCCUUUUUUUUGUAACAGUUGUCUUUUAAAACUGUCAUGAUAAAUGAUGGUGUAGUCAUCUGAUAUUAGUUUCUGUCAUUAUGAAAUGGAGACAUCAUUUAGUUUUAGCAGGCCUGCUGCCACUGGGCAUAGCACUUAGUAUUGUAUUUCAAACCUGACAUCAGCUAAAAUGUUUUAGCUGUUUUGAAUGUAAACUUUCUACAAACCUUCUGGCCUGUUUAAUUUACUUGAGCGUUUGAACUGUUUAGGAAGCAACAAAUCACUUCAUGGGUUCUUUAAGCCUUUUUGGUGCUCCAUCCUAAGGGUAGGGGGCACAUUUGAGCUGUGAUGACACCCAGGUGUUGGUUUAGCUCAAACUAAUUCAGCACAGAGACUACAAGGACUAUUUUUCACUUCCCAACAUCAUCAUGAGCUUGCAGUGAUCUGUUUUAUUUUUCUAAUGACAGUUAAGCCAUAGUCCUACCUUUUAUAUGUCGUUUACAACGUCCUACAUGAGGUGCUGACUGAGAGUAUAAUUGACUGUAAAAUUAACAGCAAUGGCCUGUUAUUAGAGAGUUGCUACAGCAUUUUCAGUGCUGUAUAAGUCUGACUCGUGCAUUGGUUUGUGUGGUCUGAUCAUCAGCACUGGACAGCCGUUAAUUCAAACAGUAUCAGAAUCUAUUGCAAUGCUUUUCUAGCUCCUGAGUUGGACACGACCUCUGUAAGGCUGAACAAAAAUUACAUUUGUAGAAAAUGAAUACUUACUAAAAGGAAUGAAAUAUAUCCAUAUGACUUUUUACCAAAUUGAACUAUUCUGUUUCUUUUGAAGCGCUGCCAAAAUAUUUUAUGGUUCUUUUUUGAUUUAACAAAAUAUGCUUUCAUCAUCCUAAUCUUUGGCCUAAAAGUCAGUCUUUGUGAUUGUACCUUAUUGGUGUGCACACCGGGCCAGAUAUUACUCAUCUACCCCAUAUCAAGUUGCAAGGACAGAAAAUGUUCCCUUUUUUUGUGACUGGUUCAUUUAUAGCAUUUGGCAUACUAGGGUAGGGGAUGAUGGAGAAGAUGGAUGAUAUGUUUCUAUUUUAGUAAGUGAUCAAUGUAAAUAAGUUUGCAAAUUUUGUUUUACUGUUGAUAUUACGUUCAUAACUGCUAUUGUCAUUUGUCAGUGUGUUUUUAUUUUAUUUUUUUUUGUCCUCUUUUCAAAUGUUUGCUGCCAAGUUGUGAGCGAGGCACAGGUCAGAGUUUUUAAUCCUACAACGGAUCGCUAAUCCAGUUCUGUAACAACAAAUGAAUAUGUAUGUUGCAAAGUUCUGAUGUGUUUGCUUUGUUCUGUCCUGGCAGGCACACGGAUUGUUAGAUUGGCUCUUUAUUUUUUUAUAAACUGUUUGAAAGGAGUGUUGUUGUCAAUGCACUCUCAUUUCACUUCAUUUGAUAUGCUAUGGACAUUUUGAAAUUCUUCAAAAUGGAAAACAUUUGAAUACUUUUUCCAUCAAAUUUUUUAUAACAAGUUGUGGAACAUUGAUGCACCUAUAAAAGGAAGCUCCAGGUUACACUUUGAAUUGGCCUAAACCUUGGGUGUCCCAUCAAACACAGGGCACCAAAUCACAUCUUCCUCCUAAGCUAAGACAAUCGGAUUCUCAGGCUUAGAUCAGCCCACUGAUGUCAUUUCAAGGGCAUUUUGCUUUUUGCAUUUUUAACAAAAGUUUUUCUUCUGGUGGGUCACAUAAUGAGCAUUAUAUUUGAAAAACCAAUAGUUUAAAGCUAAUUUGUGCUUUGCCACAAAUGGUAAAGAUUGCACCUUACUGUGUCAGCAGAGGUAUCUUACAAGAUUUGGCUUGUGAGUCCAGGUAUCCAAGGUAAAGCAUGUCUUUGCUGGAGAUGUGAAAUUGCAUGUCCUAUACAGUGCUGUAUAAACUAUUUGUACUCCCCUUGAGGUUUUGCACAAAGUUAUUGCUAAUACUAUUUAAAAUUUAUUAUUCUCAUAUCUAAUUUGUGUAAUGGUAGCGUACAAUACAAUUUUGUGCAAUAUUUGCUCUUCAAAAGUGCAAUUCCUUUUGACCAGCAAAAAUCAAUACCAUCUCAUUGGAAUGAAUUUGAAAGUGUAGGAUGUAUUGAAGUUAAGAGUGUAGUUUUGAAUGUGGAAGCUUUAGGUUCCAGGUAUUCAUGUUGCAAAAAGAACAAAAUUUAUUAUGAAACGAUAAAUUGCAGUGAAAGCACACCCUAUUUUAUUUUUACACCUUAUUGUAUUUUAUUUAUUGUUACACAUUUACAUGUUUUGUAUUUGCAACUUGAAGACUGGGGUUCCAUUCUAUUAUAUCUACACAUGGGUUUGUUGAAUUACAGCAUUCAGUUAUCUGGCUUUUCAUUGCGAGAUCGAGCUGUUGUGGGUUUUCUGUAAACAAUAUUAUGCAGAUAAUUGGGUAAUCAUGCUUUGUGCAACAGACCUGUGGAUACCACAGAAUGUAAACAUCACAUUCAACACUAUGCUCUCAUUUUUAAAAUUUAACUCAUCCUAUACACUAUAAUCCCAGUGAUUUCUUUUAACAGCAGAACCAUUUUCAAUGGCAGCUAAUGUUUAAAACCCUGGAGCUACAACCCACUUAUAAGCUUUGAGCAGCAUUAACAAUGACAAGGUCAAAUAUUUGUCACAACCACAAUAAAUCCCUAACAAAAUAACU